CCUAUCUUAUAUGACUUCAAAUGGUCAACAUUAUCAUCUCUUUCCGCUCCUUCCCUCUCAUUUCCUUCCUCUCUACUUGUAUAUAUUCCCUCCUUCCAAACACCAACCUGUCUCUCCCCCAUCUCUGAAACUUUCACUCAGGAUCCAACAUGUUGAAAGUGGAAGUGGCAGUGCCUCCACCUGCCAUGGAUUUCGACUUCAACGAUGCACGCCCUAUGCCAUUCUUGAGCACCCCUUCUACUCCUAAACGUUUGGGCGAUUGCUCUCUCAGUGCUCCCAGUAGUCCUUCACGCGUUGCCGAGUUCUAUCGUCGUUUUGAUGACUUCGCCUGGGAUGCUAACUCUACUCCUCUUUCACCCAUGGCUGCUGCUGCACACAGUAGUAGUGGUGGAGAUGACUUCGCUUUUGAUUUCAGGUCCGAACUGGAGGAGAAUUCUCUCUCUGCUGCGGAACUUUUUGAUGGUGGAAAAAUUCGGCCCUUGAAGCCUCCUCCUCGAUUACAGAUGGAGGAGAGAAGUCCACUUUUAUCACCGAGGUCACCAAGAUCACCAAUAGCUCAAGGGAAAAAGAUGAUACGCGAGGUUUUUUCUCCAAGAAAGAAGAAAGAUUCAGACCCGUUUGCUAUUGCUGCUGAAAAUACUCGAAAGAGAGCCGAAAAGGAUGGUGGGAAGAGAACUGAAACUGAUAGGGGUAGAGACAGAGGUCCAGCGUUUGCAUCGAGUUCCAGCCGCAGAGCUACAAGAUCGCUUUCUCCAUAUAGAGUUUCUGAUUAUCCUUGGGAAGAAGAAGAAAGAAGGCUACGGGAAACCACCAAACACUCAGCACCUUCCAAUUCAAAAGCUUCACUGUCUUCCAACUCUUCUUCAUCCUCAUCUACAAAGAGUUCUUCAAGAAAAUGGAGGUUGAGGGAUUUCUUGCUGUUCAGAAGCGCAUCAGAGGGAAGAGCAGCCGAUAAAGAUCCAUUGAGGACCAAGUAUCCAGCUUUCUUCAGGAAACCAGACGAUGCAAAGAACACGAGCUUUCGGUCCACAGAUAGCUCGGGUUCAGUGUCGGCGACAAGGAGAAAGGGGCCAGUGUCGGCUCACGAGUUGCAUUACACGACGAAUAAAGCAGCAUCAGAGGAUUUGAAGAAGAAAACUUUCUUGCCAUAUAAGCAAGGGAUAUUGGGGAGACUGGCGUUUAAUCCCAAUGGCUUUGGAUCUCCUGCCCGUUAGCCAAUCUUUGAUACAUAAUCAAUCAAUACAUAUUACUUUGUUCUUUCAUAGAUAUCGACGAAAAAGCUGUAGAGCCACAUGAAUUCUUUUGUUUUGUUUCGAUUUUUGCAAUUGUAAAAGGACUGCCAAUAUUAAUGACAAGCCAUAUAUCGACAUGAAAGCUAGGAUAUAUGCAAUUAUCAAUACACCCACUUUACCAAAUUUCCUA